AUGUACAAUAAAUCAACUAUUUCAAUGUAUUCAAAUCGAACAUUUUAUGUAAUUAUGACAAUAUUUUUAUUUUUACUUCAGACAUUUGUACAGAGCAAAAAUGUUGUUGACUUCUCCCAAACCCUGAAACAAUUCAAUGAGAAAUAUGAUGUUAAAUUUUCAGAUAGUGUGUAUCAACAAUUAACCUAUUUUGUUAGAUCAUCUGCUCUAUCUAGUUGUAUCACUCAUUAUGGGUUAAACCCAGGUUUUACUUUAAAAGAUGGAGGGUGCCCUGCCCAUAUUGAGUUUUGUCAUAACUAUACAUUAAAUCCCAGUAUAGGAAACUCCACCAUUUCUGCUGUUUUUGAAGCAAGCGAAGGAGAAUUAGGAACUGGAUACGUCAUGGUAGAUUAUAGUAACAAGACAAUUAUUGUUGUGUUUAGAAGUUCAACUACCAGCGAAGAUUGGUUUAGUGAUUUUACAAUCCAGCCAACAAAAUAUUCCCCAAUAUCUCAAACAGAAUAUUGGAAACUAGUCAAAAAUAAAAAAUUAUCACCCUGUCAAAAUUGCCAGCUUCAUAAAGGUGUAUCUAAAUUUACAAAAAGUUUAGGUAGAGAUUUUUUGGUUAAAAUCGAACAUAUAUUGAAAAGAUAUCCCACUUUUAAAAUUGUGAUCACAGGUCAUUCGUUGGGUGCUGCACUAGCAAGCAUAGUUGGAAUCGAAUUACGAUUAAGAGGCUAUCAUCCACUUGUCUUAACGUAUGCUUCGCCUAAAAUAUUUAAUUCUAAUUUGAAAAAUUGGGUUAAUGAAUUAUUUGACGCUAAAAUGAUCCAUAAAAAUAUUUUAAACGCUGCGCAAGUUGAAUUGAAAAGAGGUUAUUUUAGAAUCGUUCAUAAGAAUGAUUACAUUCCAUUAGUUCCACCAUUUUAUAAGGCAGCCGGUUUAGAGAUAUUUAUUAAAAAAAUAUCUUUACCACACGAAUUGGAAGACUUGCAAUACAAUGGUAUGAUUAGUGACACAUUUCCAUUAAUGGAAUAUACUGACAAUAUUUCAGGCCUUGUGGAUCAAUUAUUACACACACACGAACACACGUCAUAUUUUAUUUAUUUAAAAGGUUGUAAAUAUUUUUAA